AUGGCUGCAUGCGAAUAUUAUCAACUUCUCUUCAUCCCUCUCUUCACAACACUCUUCCUAAUAAUUUACCUCUUCACAACCAAAAACCCGAAAAAAUCCUCGAUCCCGACAAACUGGCCGAUAGUCGGCAUGCUCCCGUACCUCUUCCAAAAUGCUCAUCGUGUCCACGAAGCCCUAAACGACGUCUUGAACGAGUCCGGUGGCACGUUCGAGUUCAAAGGCCCGAUUUUCACCAACAUGGACACCAUCAUCGUAACUUGCGAUCCAGCUAACAUAGACCACAUCUUCGUCAAGAAGUUUUCGAACUACCCCAAAGGAACCGAAUUUCAAAAGAUAUUCGAUAUACUCGGUGAUGGGUUUUUCCGAGCCGAUUUCGGGCUUUGGGAGCUUCACCGCAAGACCACUCUUUCCCUAAUGAGGGAAAAUUUCUACUCCUCCUUGCAUAAAUUCGUGUGGGAAAAGGUCCAAACCGGGCUUCACCCGUUUCUCGACCGGUUCUCCCAAACAGGCUCGGAUUUCGACAUGCAAGACGUUUUGGGCCGAUUCUCGUUCGAUGUCAUAUGCCAGUUGCUUUUGGGCCACGACCCGUGUAGCCUCUCGCUCGAUAUGCCGAACGUUCCUUGCGAGAGGGCUUUGAACGAUGUCAUGGGACCUAUCAUGAGCCGGUACAUGGUGCCCGAGUUCGUGUGGAAGCUUCAAAAGAAGCUGAAUAUCGGUCCCGAAAGGAGGAUUUUCGAGACCUGUCGGGCCUUGGACGACUUCAUCUACCCGCACGUUUUCUCCCACGAGGAGAACGAAAACAACAACAACAACGUCAUGUUUGAGUCUUUCAAGAAGGCGUACGAGGAUAGUAAUAGCAACAACGAGAUCUCGCGGCGGGAGACGAAGGAUUUCUUAAGGGACGCGUUCUUGAAUCUCCUCGUCGCGGGCCGGGACAGCCUGGCGACGGGCCUCACGUGGUUUUUCUACCUCCUCUCGGGAAACCCGCGCGUCGAGGCCCGAAUACGAGAGGAAAUCGAGCGCGUCGUUCUGAAACGCUCGGCGGCGAGGGGAGAGUGGAGAUUUUUCGAACUUGACGAGUGUGACGAGAUGAUAUACCUCCACGCGGCGCUUUCCGAGACGAUGAGGCUCUACCCUCCGAUCCCGAUGCAGCAAAAAGUCCCGACCGAGCCCGACAUCUUACCGGGUCGAGAAUGCCGAGUGCAGAGGGACAAGAAAGUGGUGAUCUCGUUCUACUCGACGGGGCGGAUGGAGAGCGUGUGGGGGAAGGAUUGUAUGGAGUUUAGGCCGGAGAGGUGGUUGGAGGACGGCGGGGGACGGAUCAAGCAACAACCGCCGUCCAAGUUCCCGGUUUUCAAUUUGGGGCCGAGGACGUGCGUGGGGAAGAAGAUGGCGUACGUCGAGAUGAAAAUGGUGGCGGCGUUCGUCGUGCACCAUUUCGACGUGCGGGUCGUGGAGGGUCACCCGAUUUUGCCGAGGCCCGCGAUUAUACUCAAAGCCGAGCAUGGUCUGUUUGGAAUAGGUUAA